AUGGCGGCACCAUCAAUACGAACAGCCUCCCUCGUUGCCCGAUCCCUGUCCUCCAAAUCGGUGUUCUCAAUAUGGCCUUCCAUCGCAAGAACACCACGCCCUCUUCGAACAUCCUACCAUCCUCAUCGAAGCAUCUCACACUCAACAUCCAUUGCAUCAAUACCUCCUUCAAAAUCCACACAACCACCUUCGCAGCACCGCAAACCAUACUACGUCACCACUCCUAUCUUCUAUGUCAAUGCAGACCCGCACAUCGGGCAUCUCUAUUCGGACGUCAUAGCCGAUGUUCUCGCUCGAUACCACAGCUACAUGCAAUCUGGGUAUUCUGCAUUCGAUCAUAGUGGUAAUCCCGUCAGCCGAAUUCGCGAUGAUGUUGGGGAUCGCGUGAAGGCACUCCUCAGCACGGGGACCGACGAGCACGGGUUGAAGGUGCAAAAAGUAGCCGAGGCUGCGAAGGAAGAUCCGCGUGCACUCUGCGACCGUAUCAGCCAGCGGUUCAGGCAGCUCGCCGAUGCCGCACAGAUCGACUACGCCCGCUUCAUCCGCACGACGGACGCAGACCACAAGAUCGCAGUCGAGCAUCUAUGGCGCACGCUGCGCGAACGCGGCCACAUCUACCAGGGCAGCCACGAGGGGUGGUACGCGGUUUCGGACGAAGCCUUCUACCCGGAAACACAGGUCCGAAACGUCGUGGGUGAGGACGGCCAGUCGCACAUGCAGAGCAUCGAGACGGGCGCCAAGGUCGAGUGGAGUCAGGAGGUCAACUACAAGUUUAAGCUGUCGAGCUUCCAGAAGCCGUUGGCGGAGUGGUUGAGGAGCAACCCGAAGGCGAUCCAGCCUGUGCAGAAGCAUGCCGAGGUGUUGGCCGAGAUCGAGGCGGGCUUGACGGACCUAUCGAUCAGCAGGCCGAGUUCGCGGCUCAGCUGGGGCAUCCAGGUGCCUGAUGACCCCGACCAUUGCAUUUACGUAUGGGUCGAUGCGCUGACCAACUAUCUCACUGUUGCUGGCUACCCAUCCUCCUCUUCAUCGUCGCCGCCCGCUUGGCCAGCAGACGUGCAUGUGGUGGGCAAAGAUAUUGUUCGCUUCCAUGCGAUCUACUGGCCCGCGAUGCUGCUCGCCGCCGGGCUUCCACUGCCCAAGACGAUCCUCGCGCACUCACACUGGACGAUGAACAAAUCCAAGAUGUCCAAGUCACGCGGCAAUGUUGCCAACCCGUUCGAGGCCAUCGACACGUUCGGGCUCGACACGCUGCGCUUCUUCCUCAUGCGUGUCGGUGGCAACCUUGGCUCGGAUUCGGACUACAACCCUGCCGUACUGAUCGAGUACCACCGCAAGUACCUGCAGGGCCAGCUGGGUAACCUCGUCUCCCGGAUCUGCGCGCCCAAGAUCCACACGCGCCUCGACGGCUUCCCGCGCGAUCGCACCACCAACACCCUCCACCGCCCGACCCAAGCAGAAGUGGAAGCGUAUCUGGACGCGGACACCCUCGCGCUCUGCCACGCGCUCGAAGCCACGCUCCUCGCCCUCCCCGCCAAAGUCCACACCCUGAUGCUCGACUUCGAACUCGCAAAGACGCUCGAACUCAUCCUCGAAUCUACCAUCUCGGCCACCAACGAGCUCCUCCAGCGCCUCGAGCCCUGGUCCCCCGCCACCCACCCCACCGCCGUCCUCGAGUGCCUCGUCCUCGUCACAGAGAGCCUGCGCAUGUCCGCACUCCUCCUCCUCCCCUUCAUGCCCCACAAAAUGUCCCUCCUGCUCGACACACUCAAAGUGCCAGUGGCGAACAGAAGCAGCCCCAAGGACCUAAUCGUAACAGAUGCCAACGGCCGACUCGUCUCGCAUGUGGUGCAGCGACACCCGGGCGACGGCAAGCCGCAACCGCUCUUCCCCCGCAUCGACGCGCUGCAAAGCUGA